GCUACCGAGUACCUUUGCCUGGGGCUGGGCCGUGGCGCCGCGGGGCGCAGACGUGGAAGAAACCUGGUAGCUGUGUGGUAUUUCCAGACCUGACUUGGACUUUCCUCUCCAUAGCUGAUUAAGGAUGUCUGCCGUGCCGGAGGAACUGAAUUUGGCGGGAAAGUUUGGCAACAUUUCCAUGGAUGAGUGUUUCCAGUCUCGCAGCACCGUCCUCCAGGGGCAGCCCUUUGGGGGGAUCCCCACCGUGCUGGUCCUCAAUGCCGCCUUGUGGGUGCUCAUUGUCUUGGCUUACUCCUUCCUCCGGAAAGCCGCUUGGGACUAUGGGCGCCUGGCUUUGCUAAUACACAAUGACAGCCUGACCUCGCUGAUCUAUGGGGAGCAGAGCGAGAAGUCGUCUCCCUCGGAGAUUUCCUUGGAGAUGGAGCGCAGGGACAAGGGCUUCUGUUCCUGGCUUUUCAACAGCAUGACCAUGAAGGAUCAGGAUCUGAUUAACAAGUGUGGGGACGACGCGCGCAUCUACAUCAUGUUCCAGCACCACCUCAUCCUCUUCGUGUUCAUCCUCUGCAUCCCCUCUCUGGGCGUCAUUUUGCCCAUCAACUACACUGGAACUGUUCUGGAUUGGAAUAGUCACUUUGCUCGGACCACCAUUGUCAAUGUCUCCACAGAGAGCACCCUUCUGUGGCUGCACAGCCUCUUCGCUUUCUUAUACUUCCUCUCCAACUUCAUCCUCAUGGCGCACCACUGCUUGGGGUUUGUGCCCAGGAAGAACCUAAAGGUCACAAGAACACUCAUGAUCACCUAUGUGCCCACGGAGAUUCAAGACCCUGAGAUUAUCAGCAAGCAUUUCCAGGAGGCCUAUCCAGGGUGCGUGGUCACCAGAGUCCACUUCUGCUACGAUGUCAGGACCCUCAUCGACUUGGACGAUCAGAGGCGCCAUGCCAUGCGGGGCCGGCUCUACUAUACUGCCAAGGCCAAGAAGAGUGGGAAGAUAAUGAUUAGGAUCCAUCCCUGCUCCCGCCUCUGCUUCUGCAAGUGCUGGACCUGCUUCAAAGAGGUAGAUGCAGAGCAGUAUUACAGUGAGCUGGAGGAGCAGCUGACAGACGAGUUUAAUGCCGAGCUCAACCGCAUUAGCCUGAAGCGUCUGGACCUGAUCUUUGUCACCUUCCAGGACUCCAACAUGGCGAAGCGCAUCCAGGAUGAUUACAAGUACGUCCAUUGCGGUCUGCGGCCCCAGCAGUCCUCAGUGACCACCAUCGUCAAGUCCUACUCCUGGAGGGUGGCCCACGCCCCACACCCCAAAGACAUUAUUUGGAAACACCUGUCCAUCCGCCGUUUCCAUUGGUGGGCCCGCUUUAUUGCAAUCAACACCUUCCUCUUCUUCCUCUUCUUCUUUCUCACCACGCCCGCCAUCAUCAUCAACACCAUCGACAUGUACAACGUCACCCGUCCCAUCGAGAAGCUGCAGAGCCCGAUUGUGACCCAGUUCUUCCCCUCCCUGAUGCUCUGGGCCUUCACAGUGAUCAUGCCUCUGAUAGUCUACUUCUCUGCCUUCUUGGAGGCCCACUGGACCAGAUCAAGUCAGAAUGUCAUCAUAGUGCACAAAUGCUACAUCUUUCUGGUGUUCAUGGUGGUCAUUCUACCCUCCAUGGGGCUGACCAGUUUGGAUGUCUUUUUCCGCUGGCUCUUCGAUAUCUACUAUCUAGAGCAGGCGUCCAUCAGGUUCCAGUGUGUGUUCCUGCCAGACAACGGUGCCUUCUUCAUCAACUAUGUGAUCACGGCAGCCUUUAUUGGCACGGGCAUGGAGCUGUUGCGCCUGGGCUCCCUCUUCAUGUACAGCACCCGCCUCUUCUUUUCCAGAUCAGAGCCAGAGAGAGUUCACAUCAGAAAGGACCAGGCUGUAGACUUCCAGUAUGGGCGGGAAUACGCAUGGAUGUUGAACGUCUUCAGCGUGGUGAUGGCGUACAGCAUCACUUGUCCAAUCAUUGUUCCUUUUGGGCUGCUCUACCUGUGCAUGAAACACCUGACGGACCGCUAUAACAUGUACUACUCCUAUGCACCCACCAAACUGAAUGAGCAGAUCCACAUGGCUGCAGUCUACCAGGCCAUCUUCGCACCGCUCCUGAGUCUCUUCUGGAUGCUCUUCUUCUCCAUCCUGCGACUUGGUUCCGUCCACAGCAUCACCUUCUUUUCCUUGUCCACGCUUAUAGUUUCUAUUGUCAUUGCCUUUUUUGGCACUUUUCUGGGAAGGCUUCGGGCAGGCCAUGAAUAUGGGCCAGAGGCGGAGGAGUCAGAGACCGUGUUUGACAUGGAGCCAAGCAGCACGUCCUCCACACCGACCUCCCUUCUCUACAUGGCCACUGUGCUGCAAGAGCCCGAGCUGACCCUGACUCCAGCCUCCUCCCCAGCCAGGCAUACCUAUGGCACCAUGAACAGCCAGCCAGAAGAGGGACAAGAAGAGAGUGGUUUGAGGGGCUUUGCGAGGGAGCUGGACACAGCUCGGUUUCAGGAAGGGCUGGAACUGGAGGGCCAGAGCCAGUACCACUGAUCAGGACGCCAGUCAGAGGCCCUGGGGAGCUCGGCAUGGGGGAAGGCAGGAGAGCGGCCUGGGCCUCCCCCACUUCCUCCUGCAGACUUCGGGAACUCCUGACAGAAACCUCUGCUGUCGCCAUGGCCUUGUGGUGACCCCAGACCUACCAACCAGUGAGAAUGGGAGGUGCUGGGCAGUGCCUAGUGACCCCAGGACGGGGUGGAGGAGAUAGUCACCAUGUUCUGGGAGAGGUGGCUCAAGCCCAGGACACAGGCACUGAGUACCAGGGGACUUCGGUGGGUCAUGAUGAAGAUACAGAUAAGGAAGAGGCAGGAAGAAGCCCAUCGAAGGCUCUGGGGGCACUGAUGUCCUGGCUCCAGCUGCCCAUCAAGAAGUUUCUGCUGCUCUGGGCCCUUGGCCUCUGCUUACGGCCCGAGGAGGUAAAGGUACGUGAGCUGAGCCUCGCCGACAAGAAACAGGUGACUGUGUCAGCGAGAGUUUCCCCACGAGGGCUCUGUGGAGUCUCUGUACCCCACCCCGAGUGAGGGGAAACUGAGACCACAGACCUAGGAAGAGGUGACUGAGGCCCUUCCUCUUCCUCUGCCCUUUGUCAGAUGUCCCCAAGAGCGGCAGGAACAAGGUCCUCUUUACCUUCACAUGGGUAGCAGUCACUUUGGGCUCAUUAAAGAGACCUGCAUGCUUUAUGGUGAAGGAAACCAUGGCUAAUUCUUGCUGGUUGCUGUCAGG